AGACACACAGACACUCAGAGACACACAGACACUCAGAGACACACAGACACUCAGAGACACACAGACACUCAGAGACACACAGACACUCAGAGACACACAGACACUCAGAGACACACAGACACUCAGACACACAGACACUCAGAGACACACAGACACUCAGAGACACACAGACACUCAGAGACAUUCACACACACACAGAAACACUCGGAGACACACACACACACAGAGACACACACACACACACACACACACACAGACACACGGAGACACACUCAGGGACAUAUGGACAGUGGUGUGGACACAGAGGACAUGUCUCACACUCAUCAUAACCCUCUGUUUGGAAUGUCCGUGAGCAGCUCCGAGCUCUACAGCUUCGAGCACGAGGAAUCGAAGAGGUACCCUCGGAGGAGACCGUGGUGUUUUAUCGUCAUCGUGAUCUACCUCGUUCUGCAGACGCCUUUAAACAUCUUCCUCCUUUAUAAAGUUUUCUCGUGUGGACAGUCAGGGUCCAGUCUCCAUCAGUCCAGCCAAAUGUCCGCUCAGCUGUCACAAAGUCCAGCAGACUUCCAGAGUCUGGUCAAGAACACGAGCCUGGAGACACAGAACCUGAAGGGACAAAUCACGACCCUCAAGAACCAGGUGGAGAGUCAGUGUGGAGCUGAAGGUCAGAUCCACAGAUUUCAGACUGACCUGAUGAUGUUAAACUCCAGUACAAAGAGCCUGGACUCACGCCUCAACGCCAUCAGGCUCAAGACAGGAUCCCCAGGAAUCCCAGGACUCCCAGGAAGCCCAGGACAUAAAGGUGACGCUGGAUCUACAGGGACAAAAGGAGAACAAGGGCCACCUGGACCCCAAGGACCCCCCGGUCCCGCGGGUUCUGCUGGUGGUCAAGGACCUGGAGCAAAGGGAGAACCCGGAGAACCAGGCCCCAAAGGUGACGCAGGAGAGGCAGGACAAAAAGGAGAUCCUGGGGUCGCUGGAGUCCCAGGUCCAAAGGGAGACAAGGGCGACACUGGAGACGCCGGACCACCCGGACCACCAGGUCCUGUUGGUCCUCCAGGAAUUAACGGUACUGCCGGGGAACCUGGACCGAAGGGGGACAAAGGCGACGCCUCGGCCCGCGACAUGAACGUGCGGCUGGUGCCCGGGCCGUCUCGUGGUCGUGUGGAGGUGAGGUACAGCGGUGUGUGGGGGACGGUCUGUGACGAUAACUUCGACAGAGUGGACGGGAAGGUGAUCUGCAGGAUGUUGGGAUAUCAGAGUGUUCUGACCACCUUCUCGGCUACUGCAGGCACCGGGAGGAUCUGGCUGGACGAGCUCAGGUGCACAGGAACCGAGGCGGACGUCUUUAACUGUCCCCACGCUGGAAUCGGCACCAAUAACUGCGGUCACAGCGAGGACGUCGGGGUGCAGUGUGUGUGAAAACCAUGUCAGGGUUCUUCGUCUGACCCUUUCAGAAUCACCCGGGCUCGUUAUAAUGACCAGAAUCAUGUUUUUAUUCACGCACAAAUGUCUGUAGAGUCCAACCCUCAGCGUCUUUACUCACUAACGUCACCGCCGCUUCACUCACCAAAAACUCUUCAACAAAUCCUGAAAGAUAAACUGAGUCUCCGUUCAGACUGCAGCCUCGACUCACACAAAUCUGAUUUUUUCAACCCUGUAUCUGAUCUUUUAAUGCCGGACUUUUGGGUCGCAUACGGACUGAACCAGGACUGAACCAGGUCUAAACCGUUUUCAGUUCCCCGUCUCAGUCCUGGUCUCAGUCCUGGUCCCGGUCUCAGUCCUGGUCCCAGUCCUGGUCCUGGUCCUGGUCUUGGUCUGGUCUUGGCCUCAGUCCCGGGCUGGUCCUGGUCUCAGUCCUGGUCCUGUUUCCGGUCUUAGUCCUGGUCUGGUCCCAGUCUGGUCUUGGCCCCAGUCCCGGGCUGGUCUCGGUCUGGCCCCAGUCCCAGUCUCAGUCCUGGUCUUAGUCUUGGUCUGGUCCCAGUCUAAGUCCUGGUCUCAGUUCCGGUCUGGUCCUGUUCUGGUCCCGGUCUGGUCUUGGCCUCAGUCUCGGGCUGGUCCUGGUCUCAGUCCUGGUCUCAGUUCUGUUCUGGUCCUGGUCUGGUCUUGGCCUCAGUCCCUGUCUGGUCUCGGUCUGGCCCCAGUCUCAGUCCUGGUCUCAGUCCUGGUCCUGGUCCCAGUCUAAGUCCUGGUCUCAGUCCCGGUCUGUUCUUGGCCUCAGUCCCGGUCUGGUCCUGGUCUCAGUCCUGGUCCUGUUUCCAGGUCUCAGUCCCAUCUCAGUCCUGGUCUCUGUCCUGGUCUGGUCCCAGUCUUAAUCCUGGUCUCAGUCCUGAUCCUGUUUCUGGUCUCAGUCCCGGUCUCAGUCCUGGUCCUGGUCCCAGUCUAAGUCCUGGUGUCAGUCCCGGUCUGGUCCUGUUCUGGUCCCGAUCUGUUCUUGGCCUCAGUCCCUGGCUGGUCCUGGUCUCAGUCCUGGUCCCAGUCCUGGUCUCAGUCCUGGUCCUGUUUCCAGUCUUAGUUCUGGUCUGGUCUUGGCCCUAAGUCCCGGUCUGGUCUCAGUCUGGACCCAGUCUCAGUCUCAGUUCCGGUCUUAGUCUCAGUCUGGUCCCAGUCUUAGUCCUGGUCUCAGUCCCGGUCUGGUCCUUCAGUCUGAACGGAGCUUUUCUAAGUUUUCUGGUGGAGAUGUCUUCUGCUUUUUGUUUCAUUAUACACAAAUGUUCCUCAGUAUGGCAUUAAACUGAUCUAUGUUACAUUUAUACAGUUACAGAUAUUAUUUUGUUUUUUUGUUUUCUGAUAUUUCAUCCAAAUAUCCAACGAGGGCUGAAAUGUUUUUGAAUAAAAUGUCCAAGUGCAAUCAUGAUGUGAAAUAGAUUUACAAUAAAAAAAAAAAAAACUACUGA